AUGUUCGACGGGCUUGUCCUGCCGGCGUCGGCGGAUUUUCACGUCCAUCUUCGCGACGGAGCCAUGCUCGAGGCCGUGGCUCCAACGAUCAAGCAAGGCGGCGUCGAGACCGUAUUCGUCAUGCCCAAUCUCGUGCCACCAAUCACUACAGUCGCACAUGCACUCUCUUACAAAGAGAGCAUUUCGAAGUUCAGUGACGCAACGUGUCUAAUGUCACUGUACUUGCACCCCUCCAUCACGCCGGACACGAUCCGAGAAGCGAAGCGAUCUGGCGCGAUCUACGGGGUCAAGUCUUAUCCGGCGGGCGUGACUACAAACUCGGCCUCUGGCGUAGUCGACUACGAGCAGUUCUAUCCCGUCUUUGAGGCCAUGGAACAAGAGGACCUGGUGCUCAAUUUGCAUGGCGAGGCUCCGCCUGGCGAGGAUAUCACCGUGCUCAAUGCGGAGGAGGCGUUUCUUCCAACUCUUCUGGACCUGCAUCGUCGGUUCCCCAAGCUCAGAAUUGUCUUGGAACACUGUACGACCGCUGCGGCUAUUGAGGCUGUGAAAAAGUGCGGGCCAAACGUGGUCGCGACAAUCACCGCCCACCAUCUCAGUUUGAUCGUGGACGAUUGGGCCGGUGACCCGAUCAACUUUUGCAAACCGGUUGCGAAGCUUCCCAAGGACCGCGUUGCACUGGUCAAGGCCGCAACGAGUGGUGAUGAGAAGUUCUUCCUGGGCACAGAUAGUGCGCCACAUCCUUUGCGAGCAAAGAAAGGCGGUCUGGGGUCCGAGGUCGCAAAGUGCGCCGCCGGUGUCUUCACACAGCCAUACGCAACCCAGUACGUGUUGCAAGCUUUCGAAGGCGCGAUAUCUAAGGGGAUGAUCGAAAAAGAUCGAGUGUCACAGGAUGUGCUAGAAGGGUUCCUUGGUGCGUUUGGUCGGAAGUUUUAUCGGGUGAAAGCAAGCGGAGCGAAGAUAAAGGUUUCGGCGAAGGAGGAAAAGGUGAUCGAGAAGUUGGCCGUUCAGUCCACCGGAACCGAUGGCUCAGGAGACGUGGUUGUUCCGUUCAGAAGGAGUAGUCCUGUUUACUCCUUGGAAUGGUUGCCGAAGGUUUGA